AUGGAGCUGCUCAGUAACCAAAGCUUCCUCCACCCCACAGUCCUUCUCACUGGCAUCCCAGGGCUGCAGGCCAGAAAUAUUGGGGUCUCCAUCCCUUUCUGCUUUGCCUAUGCGGUUGCUGUCUUGGGGAAUGGCGUUGUUCUCCUAGUGAUUGUGAAGGAUCAGAGCCUCCACAAGCCCAUGUACCUCUUCCUCUGCAUGCUGGCUGUGAGUGAGCUGGGGGUCUCCCUCUCUACCCUCCCCACAGUGCUGGGCGUCUUCCUGUUUGAUGCCAGGGAGAUUGGGCUGGAUGCGUGCCUCAGCCAGAUGUUCUUCAUCCACUGCUUCUCCAUCAUGGAUUCAGGGGUCCUCUGGGCGAUGGCCCUGGACCGCUUCAUAGCCAUUUACAACCCUCUGCAAUACACCACCAUCCUGACAAACCUUAGGAUCAUUUUGUUGGGAUCAGGGAUUGCCUUGAGGAGCAUUCUCCUGAUGACCCCACUGCCUCUACUCCUGAGGAGGUUGCCGUUUUGCAGGUCCAAUGUGCUUGCUCAUCCUUACUGUCUGCACCCCAAUUUAAUCCAGCUCCCCUGUGCAGACACAACCAUCAAUAACCAAACUGGUCUGUUUGUUGUGCUCUCCACAUUUGGCCUCGAUUCCUUGUGCAUCGUCUUGUCCUACGUGAUGAUCCUCAAGACCGUGCUGAGCAUGGCCUCCAAGGAAGGCCGUUUCAAGGCCCUGAACACCUGCGUUUCCCACAUCUGUGCUGUCGUGCUCUAUUACACCCCAAUGAUCGGUGUUUCCAUGGCGCACAGGUUUGGCAGGCAUAAUUCUCCAAUGCUGCACUCUCUAAUGGCCAACAUCUAUCUCCUGGUUCCUCCCAUUCUGAACCCCAUCAUCUACAGCAUCAAAACCAAAGAGAUCCGCAAGGCCUUUGGCAGGUUUUUGUCUCAACAGAGACUGAUCUGA